AUGCCUACCACAGGGCCUACACCGGCCACGGUCAUGUCGAGCGUCGCGAACCUAGCUCAGCUCCUGCCAACCGGCACGGUGUUGGCAUAUCAGGCGUUAUCGCCGUCCUUCACCAACCACGGCAAGUGCGAGACCUCCAACCAGUGGCUCACAGGGGUGCUGGUUGUCGUUCUUGCCAUCUUGUGCCUCUUCUUCUCGUUCACCGACAGCGUUGUCGGUCGCCGCGAUGGAAAGCUAUACUAUGGCUUCGCCACACUGCACGGCUUCAACGUUUUCAACUUCUCCAGCGAGGAGGAGAGGCAAGAGUGGGACGAUCUCGACCAAUUCGGGAGGCUCCGCCUCCGACCACUGGACUUCGUGCACACCUUUUUCGCGGCGGUGGUUUUCCUCACGGUAGCUUUCAGCGACGUGGGGCUGCAGAAUUGUUUCUUUCAGGACGCCGGCAGGAACACCGAGGAGCUGCUCAAGAAUCUGCCCAUGGGCAUGGCGUUUCUCUCCAGUUUUGUGUUCAUCAUCUUCCCCACCAAAAGGAAGGGCAUUGGAUUCAGUGACACCGCUCCUCCCCAGAAGGUGGUCCAUCCCAUAAAUUAG